AUGUCAUGCAAAGACAGGGACCGUUUUGGUUGGAACUUGGACUUGGGCUUGGAGGACAAGAAAGAAAUAAGUAAGUGUUAAGACUGUAAGAUAAAGCAAAUGGCAGCUCCUCUGCCUCUCAUUUUCAGGAACCCCCCUCUCCGUCUCUGCACUCACCAUCUUCUCUGCCCUCCUCUUUCCAUAGCCAAAACCUCAACCAAACCCUUGUCUCUAAUUUCCUACUCUCCCACCAACACCAGGUCCUUUCCCAUCCUUAAUUCCACUCAGAUGGAAGGAGAUGAAAUCACAGAGGAAAUUACUGAGACAACUCAAACCAAUGUAGUUGGGAAGAAGAAAUUUUUUGUAGCUGGAGCCACUGGAAAUACUGGUAAAAGAAUUGUUGAGCAGCUACUGGCUAAGGGGUUUGCAGUUAAAGCUGGAGUUCGAAACGUGGAGAAAGCCAAAGCUAGCCUUCCCCAAGACAACCCAGCUCUUCAAAUUGUGAAAGCAGAUGUGACAGAGGGUUCUGCCAAGCUAGCAGAAGCAAUAAGUGAUGAUUCUGAAGCAGUAAUUUGUGCCACAGGAUUUAGCUAUGGAUGGGAUUUGUUUGCUCCAUGGAAGGUUGAUAAUUUUGGCACAGUCAACCUUGUUGAAGCGUGCCGUAAACUUGGUGUGAACAGGUUUAUUCUUGUCAGUUCCAUCUUAGUCAACGGAGCAGCAAUGGGGCAGAUUCUCAAUCCAGCUUACAUAUUCCUUAAUGUUUUUGGACUGACCUUAAUAGCAAAGCUUCAGGCAGAGCAAUAUAUCAGGAAAUCUGGUAUAAACUAUACAAUAAUAAGGCCUGGGGGGUUGAAAAAUGAUCCUCCCACAGGAAACCUUGUGAUGGAGCCAGAGGACACUCUUUCUGAUGGCAGUAUCUCCAGAGAUCUGGUUGCAGAAGUAGCUAUAGAGGCAUUAGUAAAUCCUGAAGCAUCUUACAAGGUUGUGGAGAUUGUUUCGCGUCCUGAUGCCCCGAAGCGUUCAUAUGAGGAUCUUUUCGGCUCCAUCAAGCAACGGUGACCUUUGACUCACUGAGUUUGCUUCCAGAUUAUUAUGUUGGCCUAUUAGCAUCCCAAAUUUUAGUAUUCCAAAUAUUAGUAUCUCAUGGAAGAUAUAUAUGUGCUUGCCUAUAAUGUUCCUUUUGCAUUAUCAUUUCUUUUAGUUACUUUGGUAUAUAUGGAUCUGGCAACGGAUUAUUGUUC